GCUAGCUAUCGCUGUGACGUCAUCACAAAGCAGCUGUUUUUUUCCCUUGCGUUACACCACUCGCUCGUCCGCAAAAAUGGCAAAUAAUUCGUAUUAUGGAGAAAAUAGUGAUGUUGCAGCUAUAUUUUUUGAUUUAGACAACACAUUAAUACAAACAAGAAAAGGGGAUACUCGAGCCUGCAAUAAGAUUAUAGAAAUACUGCAGCAGCAAUAUGGGUUGAGUCAAGAAGCUGCAGUGGAGAGCGGGACAAACUUCCUCCGCGCGUUCAGGGCACGCCCUGACGAUGACACGUACGCUCUGGAUGAGUGGCCGGCUCACCUCUGGCGUAACUGCCUGCCAAAGAACUAUAGACAUAUCGCCAAAAAUAUAUCAACCGAAUGGGUAAAAUUAAGGUUUCAGUGUUUGGCUCUAACAAACGAAGUGAUACAUCUGUUGGAAACACUGCGGGAGGAUUAUCUUCUCGGUCUGAUCACGAACGGGCCGUCUCGGGCCCAGUGGCAGAAGAUUGAACGGCUGGGACUCCGCAAGUACUUCGACUGCUUGCUGGUAUCCGGCGACCUGCCGUGGGAGAAGCCUGAUCAGCACAUCUUCCUAGAAGCUUGCAAGAUGCUCAACGUUGAGCCACGCAUGUGCAUCAUGGUCGGAGACAAACUGGAAACUGAUAUCAAGGGAGGUAAAGAAGCUGAAUUGGGCGGCACAGUUUGGAUUCCUCUGCAGAAAGACAUGGAAGCAUCCGACUUGCCAGAUUUCACUAUAGAUAAAGUGACAGAGUUACCCGAAGUGUUACCGAACUCUCCUAAACUGAAGCGCUCUGAGCACACAUCUAACAUCACAUGUGCAUAACUCUAUUUUUUCGAUGGCUGUAAUAUUCUACCUUUGGCAAUGACUUUUUGGACAUAGACAUACGCACUUUUUGGUCUGUGAACAGUAUUCAAACAAAAGUACAAAAUUUUGUUUACAGUACAAAUAUAUAGGUUUUAGUUUACUACACUCGAUAUUUAUUAACAUAAGGUUGCUACCACGAAUUUAUCUUAUGCAAAAGUUACCAUGCAAACUUGCAUAAUCCGUCGUAUACUUAUCCAAGUAUUAUGUUACAUCGUUAAAAAUAUUUAUUUUUCUGUCUUCUAGGUAAGAAUAUAAACGCCUGAUUACUUUUAAGGAAAAGAAGCAUAUUUUUAAUGCAUAUUUUUAUAAGGAGAUUUCAAACUUUAUUUUUUAAUUAAGUUUUGGUUGUACUCUAAGGAAACUUCUUAAGAGACUGUCUUAUAUGUGAUACUGGUAGUUGUAAAUGUUCCUUGUAAGAUGUCUUGCUUGGUUUGUGGUCGCUGAUUACAAUUAUAGAAAAAUUAAAUUAUUAUGGAGUUAUGUCACAUGGGUGCUCACAAAGUGAUAUGGUUGUAGGAAUUGUGGGUAUUCUGUUACUGUACAUUGUCGCGUAGAGAUAGCUCAUUAUAUCUGUAGACUGAUAUGUAUGUGUACAUGAUCUUUAGUAUGUAGUUCCUUGUAUAAAUCUCAAAAUUUAGUCAAUAUUAGUCUUAUGACAUACCUACCUUUGGUAGCCAGAUUUUAUCUAUGCUUAAUCAUUAUUUUAAUAUGUACGUAUCUGUGCCAUGUUUUGACUAUGAGGUUUUUAAAUAAACGAACUUUAACUUGACAAUAUU